AGCCAUUUUGCUCAAGCUGUUUCUGGCUCAGCAUUUGGGCGAAGAUUUUUUUGGUUACCAUCCAGAGGUAUCCCUGCACAACACUGCAGCACCCCCAGUCCAGGCACUGCAGGGAUGUCGAGUUUUGCGGGCGACAGUCUCCCUCCCGUCAGCGAGCAGCGACCAAGGCCAGCGUUGGCGUGGGCGGAGGCAUCCAGCGUGGCGCCCGCACCGAGGCAGCCCUCGACUCCCAGGACGACCCGCGGGCGCCCCUGCGGAGUGGGCCACGGCGGGGCCGUGCCGGGCUCCGGCGGCCUGAUCCGCAGGCCCCGUGCGCUCCAGCUUCCUCAGAGUUCGGCAUCGGCACCUGCGACUCUCGAAGACCUUCCCUACAUGAGGAGACUCGACAUGCGGAUCUGCUAGCCUCGCAUGGGCAGCCGCACGUCACGCCGGCUCGUGGCCGGAGCCUUCCCGGUGCCAGAGUUGUUGCCGGGAGUGGUGGGGCUGGCCAGCGGCGGGGCAGUAGGCAACCAGACGAGCGACAUCGAGUUCACCUCCGUCCAGGAUUUGCCGAGUCCUGGCCAGAGCAUCUCCCGCAGGCCGCCCGUCUUCGACGGGCGUGAGAGGAUCCCGUGCUCCCUGGACCCCAGCCGGUUCGGCCGCGAGCCGGCCGGGCCCACGCGCCCCGAGGGGGCGCUUGGCCAGGCUCGCCCCCGCCACGCCACGAGGUCGCUGUCGGCGAGGGGGGGACGGCGCCCGGCCUCCAGCAGCUGAGGUUUUUUUGACUGGCGCAGACGGGGAUGGACGAAGACACGACACGGCG